UUGUUAGCUUGUUUCUUUCUCCUUCUUCUCUGUUCCCGGUUACGUAUUAUAGUAGGGCUUCUCCUAUUAGUCGCGCUCUAAUUUACGCCUCCGCAGGUGACAUUCUUAUCCUACUCCCCCUUCCCAUUCAAACCCUAUUUUUUUCUCACACUAACCCUAAUUAACAAAAAAGAAAAGAAAAGAAAAAAACUAGAUCGAUCUAUCACAGCUGAACCCUUCAUUCAACCUCGCGGGUCGUCGUUUUGAUCAUCGGGGUUAGGGUUAGGGUUAGAAGGUUCGAUCAUCGGCGAAUCGGGAUCAGCGUCUGAAAAAACCAGUGUAAAUCAAAGGGUUAGGGUUUUCAUGCUUUGGCGAUACACACUUGUGGUGCGACUGCGAUGGCAAAUUCCGGCACCAAAUAUGUGUCUGUGAAUCUCAACAAGUCGUAUGGGCAGCAGCACUCCGCCUCCUCUUUCGGAUCCAACCGAACGGCGAGACCCGCCGGCCACAGCGGCGGCGGUGGCGCCGGGGGCAUGGCGGUUUUAUCAAGGCCUCGCAGUUCGCAGAAGGCUGGGCCGAAGCUUUCUGUUCCACCCCCCUUGAACCUGCCUUCGCUGCGGAAAGAGCACGAGCGGUUCGAUUCGUUGGGAUCGGGAAACGGUCCGGCAGGUGGAGCCGGUUCGGGAAGUGGUUCAAGACCGAACUCGUCCGGUCUGGGAUGGACGAAGCCGGCCGCAGCAACAGUGUCGCAAGAGAAAGAAGCGAUUGUGGAUGAUGGAUUGCGGUCCGUUGAUGGGUUUGGCCGUGGCGGAAGAGCAGUUGGAUCGGCGUCUGCGCCUGUUUCGGCGGCAGUGUUAAGAGGAGAGGAUUUUCCUUCCUUGCGGGCCACCUUGGUGUCUUCCUCCUCGGCAGCAUCGGGCUCCGGCUCCGGGGCAGGGCAGAAUCAGAAGAUCCCAGAGAAUUUGAUUCAGAAGCAAAAAAAAUUGGAGGAUGAGAGUGUGUACGUUGAGAAGAAGAAGGAUGAUGUGAAGUCUGUGUUCAGUGUUUCGCGCAGUGGGAAUGUAGUUGGUGAGAAUGGUGGUGAGAAUCGUGGUUUGGUUGGUUCUGGUUCUGGUUCUCGUGCAGCAAACCAAAGCAGUGGUAGGAAGCAGCAGGAAGAGUAUUUCCCUGGUCCUCUGCCUCUGGUUAGGUUGAACCCGAGAUCUGAUUGGGCUGAUGAUGAGCGUGAUACUAGUCAUGGUUUUACGAGCAGAGAGGUGAGGGAUCAUGGAUUUUCAAAGAGUGAAGCUUAUUGGGAUUUGGAUAUGCCCAGGGUUGGCAUUUUGCCCCAUAAGCAGCAUGGUCAUGGUUUUGAAAAGAGGGGACAGCUGCGGGGCAAUGAAGCUGGUAAGGUUUCUUCCAGUGAAGUUUCUAAACUGAACCCUUAUGAUAGAGAGGGGCUGAGGGAAGGAAAUUCUUGGAGGAGUUCGUCUUUUUCUAAGGAUGCAGGAAAUGAGAGAAACGGUGUUGGUGCAAGGCCAUCCAAUGUGCAUAGAGAUGUGGGGAAGGAUAACAAAUAUAUGCCGUCCCCCUUCAGAGACAAUGUUCAUGAUGAUUCUGGAAAGAGGAAUUAUGGUCAGGGUGGGAAACAGCCUUGGAGUAACAUGAUGGAAUCUAACAGUAACCGAGGGCCUGAAAGAAAUAAUGCAUGGGAUCGUCAUGUUGGUAGUGAACAACACAACAGAAAUAGAGUUGAUUCUGUCCAGAGCUCUGUGUCAAAAUCUUCAUUUUCUGUAGGUGGUAAAGGGCUUCCUGUUAAUGAUCCCCUGCUUAAUUUUGGUAGGGAAAAACGUACUUUACCAAAGAGUGAGAAGGCUUUCUUGGAGGAUCCAUUUAUGAAAGAUUUUGGAGGUUCUGGUUUUGAUGGAAGGGAUCUUCUUGUUGGGGUGGUCAAGAAGAAGAAGGAUAUACUCAAGCAAACCAAUUUCCAUGAUCCUGUUAGAGAAUCGUUUGAGGCUGAGCUUGAAAGAGUUCAGAGGAUGCAAGAACAGGAGCGCCAACGAAUCAUUGAGGAGCAAGAAAGGGCAUUGGAGUUAGCUCGUAGAGAAGAAGAGGAAAGAUUAAGGCAAGCUAGAGAACAGGAAGAGAGGCAGAGGAGGUUGGAAGAAGAAGCAAGAGAGGCAGCUUGGAGAGCAGAACAAGAAAGGAUUGAAGCUUUGCGGAAGGCUGAGGAGCAGAGGUUAGCAAGGGAAGAAGAGAAACAAAGGAUCAUUUUAGAAGAAGAGAGGAGGAAACAAGCUGCUAAGCAAAAACUUUUAGAACUGGAGCAAAGGAUUGCUAGAAGGCGGGCUGAAUCAGCUGAAGGUGGCAAUAAUGUUCCAGUUGUUGUGGAUGAGAAAAUGCCUGGGAUAGUGAAUGACAAAGAUGCAUCCAGGGCUACAGAUGUGGGUGAUUGGGAGGAUAGUGAAAGAAUGGUUGACAGGAUAUUGACUUCGGCAUCUUCUGAUUCAUCAAGUGUGAAUAGGCCAUUGGAGACAGGCUCUAGGUCUCAUUUCUCUAGAGAUUUUUCUUCUGCCUUUGUGGAUAGAGGAAAACCAGUCAAUUCAUGGAGAAGAGAUGGAUAUGAGAAUUGGAGCAGCUCGGCAUUCUAUCCACAAGACCAGGAGAAUAGUCGCAACAGUCCCCGUAGAGAUUCAUCAAUUGGUGGAAGACCAUUUAUGAGGAAAGAUAAUGGCAGUACUGGAUUUAUGUCUUCAAGGACUUAUUAUAAAGGAGGGAUUUCAGAGUCUCAUUUGGAUGAAUAUGCUCAUGUGAAAGCACAGAGGUGGAAUCAAUCUGCAGAUGGAGAUAAUCUUAGUAGAAAUACAGAGAUUGAUUCUGAUUUUCAUGAAAAUUUUGUUGAUGGUUGGACACAGAGCCCUUAUCGUGGUAAUCCAUUUCCUCACUUCCCGGAGCGGACUUAUUCAAAUUCUGAAUCAGAUGGACCAUAUGCUAUGGGGAGGUCACGGUAUUCUGUCAGGCAACCUCGGGUUUUUCCUCCUCCUUCACUAGCUUCUGUUCACAGAAUUUACAGGAAUGGAAAUGAACAUCCCGGCCCUUCUGCUCUCCUAGAAAAUGAGAUACGGUAUAAUCAGGCAACAAGGAGUGACUCUACCCUGCCAACUGGUUAUGACCAUGGGAAUCUUGGACAACCUGAAGCAGUGGAUGCCCUGCAAGAGACUACUGAAAAUGAUGACCAUAAAGGCGAGACCACACCCAGGUGUGAUUCUCAGUCCUCUCUCUCUGUUUCAAGUCCCCCUAGCUCUCCAACACAUCUCUCUCACGAUGACUUAGAUGACUCUGGAGAUUCUCCUGUGGUAUUGACUUCUAAAGAAAGCAAAAACGGCCCCCUCUCAGCUCCAGAUAAUGAAUCAUUUGCAACACCUGCCAGAGCUGGAAAUGAGAAUGUAGUUACUUCAUGUGCUGUCUCUAGUGGCGAUGAUGAUGAAUGGACUACUGAGAAUAAUGAGCAGUUCCAGGAACAAGAAGAAUAUGAUGAAGAUGAUGAUUAUCAGGAAGAAGAUGAAGUGCAUGAAGGAGAUGAUAAUGCCGACCUCAACCAGGACUUUGAAGAUAUGCAUUUGCAGGAGAAAGGAUUGCCUCACUUGAUGGAUAACCUAGUAUUAGGAUUUGAUGAGGGUGUUCAGGUUGGGAUGCCCAAUGAGGAGUUUGAAAGGAUUUCGAAAAAUGAAGAAACUGCACUUUUGCCACAACAGGCUUCUGGCAUCACUCUAGAAGAACAUGUAUCCUUUGACAAUGCAUGCAGCGAUGGCAAAGCCGUCCGACCUGUUGAUGAUACCUCUCAGGUGAAUCUUAAUAAUUCUUCUAGUGUGUUCAAUGAUUCAGAGAAGUCAACUCAAGAUUUGGUCGUUCACCCUAGUAUUGCUCAUUCAUCUGCGGCAUCUGAGAAUUUAGGUAAUGUGGAAGCUUCUAAUGGCCUGUCCACCCAUCAUAGUACACCAAUUUCAGUUACUAUUACCCCUAACUACUCAUCUUCAGGUCAAUCUGUUACGUCUAAUGUAUCUGCUGCUCCAAAUCAAGCUGAGUUACCCAUUAAGCUUCAAUUUGGUCUUUUUUCUGGUCCAUCCUUGAUACCAUCACCGGUACCAGCCAUACAGAUUGGUUCUAUACAGAUGCCACUGCAUCUGCAUCCACAGGUUGGGGCACCCCUCUCUCACAUGCACCCAUCGCAGCCUCCUUUGUUUCAAUUUGGCCAGCUAAGGUAUACAUCUCCCAUAUCCCAGGGGAUAGUACCUCUGGGUCCUCAAUCAAUGUCGUUUGUUCAGCCUAAUAUUCCAUCCGGUUACUCUUUUAAUCAUAACCCUGGAGGUCGAAUGCCAGUUCAUACUGGUCCAGAAAUUUCUGAUUCCUUUACCAAAAAGGAGAUAAGGCAUCAUGCUAUUGACAGCCAAACAGGUAAUUCAAGAAACUUAUCACAAGUUUCACUGCCAAAUGAGGAUGCAGAAAACAGAGCUGGAAUAAAGCAGGGUCAAAUUGAGGCUCCCCAUGAUGUUAAUAAUAGCACUAGGACUGCUACAAGUUUCCAAUUGGACAAGCAGGGGCGCCAAAAUGUAGUUGGAAAGAGCACCAAUACUUCAUUCAAUGGUAAAGAAGCAGAAGUUCGGCCUCUUACUAGAGAUGCACCGCUUCAUUCAGUUUCAAAAGAGAAAGAGUUUGUGGAGUCAAAAGCACAAUUUCCUGUAUCUGGUGGCAGAGGAAAGAGAUAUGUCUUUACAGUAAAAACUUCAAACUCAAAAUCAUCAGGUCCAGCUCCAAGGGUGAAUCGUGCAGACUCCGGAGGAUUUGCAAGGAGGCCUCGUCGGAAUGUACAACGCACUGAGUUUCGAGUUCGGGAAAGUUCUGAGAAGAGGCAGUCUUCUAGUUCGGUUUUGACUGAUCAGUUUGGGUUGGAUAAUAAGUCAAAUAUCAAUGGCAGGGGAACAGGCAUAUCUGGAAGGAAUGGACCUAGGAAGGCUUUGGCCAAUAAAUUUGGGAAACAGACAGUAGAAUCAGCUACAGAAAAUUCUCAGGGAAUAGAUUCUGGAAGCAGAACUGCUGAGAAGGUUGAUGGAAAAGAACCAACAAAGACUCAGAGCAUUUCACAUUCUGGACAGAGUAAUCUCAAAAGGAACUUGUGUUCUGAGGAAGAUGUUGAUGCUCCAUUGCAAAGUGGAAUUAUCCGUGUGUUUGGGCAACCUGGAAUUGAAGCUCCUAGUGAUGAAGAUGACUUUAUAGAGGUCAGGUCAAAGAGGCAAAUGCUAAAUGAUCGACGGGAACAAAGGGAGAAAGAAAUCAAGGCCAAGUCUCGGGUUUCAAAGGUGCCACGGAAACUGCGCUCCACUUUGCAGAGUGCUGUGUCCAUGGUCAAUUCUAGCAAAGGAACCAUAUCUACAGAAGUGCCAAACAGUGUCCGCACUGAUUUUGUUGCGGCUGGGGGACGGGGAAUGGCAAAGAUUGAUGCGUCAUCUGGAUUUAAUUCAAGCAUAUUAUCCCAAGCAUUACCUCCUAUUGGCACGCCUCCUUUGAAAAUUGAUGCCCAGCCUGAUUUUAGAUCACAGAUAAGCAGGUCGCUUCAGACAACCCUCCCGGCAGUUUCUAAUGGUGAAAAAGACCCUGGGUCUGGUUUGAUAUUUGAAAGCAAGAACAAGGUUCCUGAUAAUGUUCAGACAUCUUUGGGCUCUUGGAAUGCGCAAAUCAGUCAACAGGUCAUGGCGCUUACCCAGACACAACUUGAUGAGGCCAUGAAGCCUCAACAGUUUGAUUCACAGGCUUCUGCUGGCAAUAUGAUAGGAGCUGUUAGUGAACCCAGCUUGCCAACAUCAUCCAUUUUGACAAAGGAGAAAGCAUUUCCGUCUGCUGCCAGCCCAAUUAAUUCCUUGCUUGCUGGAGAGAAAAUUCAAUUUGGGGCAGUAACAUCUCCGACUGUUCUUCCUCCUAGCAGCCGUGCUGUGUCUCAUGGCAUAGGGCCCUCUCGAUCAUCUAGAUCAGAUAUGCAAAUGUCCCACAACCUUGCUGGAUCUGAUAAUGAUUGCAGUCUUUUCUUUGAUAAAGAGAAACAUGGUAAUGGUAAUGAAUCUCAUGGCCAUAUAGAAGAUUGUGAUGCAGAAGCUGAAGCCGAAGCAGCUGCUUCAGCUGUUGCUGUUGCUGCCAUUAGUAGUGAUGAAAUUGUUGGAAAUGUGUUGGGUACUUGUUCUGUCUCAGUAUCAGAUGGUAAAAGUUAUGUGGCUGCAGAUAUUAAUAGGGUUGUAGCAGGAGUGGGUUGUGAGCAGCAAUCAGCUAGUCAAUCUAGAUCUGAGGAGCCUCUUAGUGUAUCUCUUCCGGCAGACUUAUCUGUUGAGACCCCACCAAUUUCCUUGUGGCCUCCCGUACCUAUUACGCAAAAUUCUUCAGGCCAAAUGAUCUCGCAUUUUCCAUCAGUCCCUCCUCAUUUUCCUUCCGGCCACCCUCCUCAUUUUCCUUUCUAUGAAAUGAAUCCUAUGAUGGGUGGUCCUAUCUUUGCAUUUGGACCACAUGAUGAGUCUCCAUCUACAGCACAGUCACAGCCUCAAAAAGGCACUUCAUCGGCAUCAGGGCCAAUUGGGAGCUGGCAACAGUGCCAUUCUGGUGUGGAAUCUUUUUAUGGUCCUCCAACAGGAUUUACUGGGCCUUUUAUUGCUCCUCCUGGAGGCAUCCCAGGAGUCCAGGGGCCACCGCAUAUGGUUGUUUAUAACCAUUUUGCACCUGUUGGACAAUUUGGUCAAGUUGGUUUGAGUUUCAUGGGCACCACUUAUAUCCCCUCUGGAAAGCAGCCUGAUUGGAAACACAUCCCUACAUCUUCUGCCAUGGGGGCUGGCGAAGCGGAUAUGAACAAUUUGAAUAUGGCAUCUGCACAGCGGAAUCCUGCGAACAUGCCUUCUUCAAUUCAACAUCUUGCUCCUGGUUCGCCACUUCUACCGAUGGCUUCUCCUAUGGCUAUGUUUGAUGUUUCUCCUUUCCAGCCCUCUACUGAGAUGUCAGUACAAACACGAUGGCCACAUGUUCCUAAUUCACCACUUUCAUCCAUUCCUUUGUCAAUGCCAUUGCAGAAACAAGAAGGGAUUCACACUUCUCAAUUCAGCCAUGACCAGCCAUUAAAUGUCAAAAGGUUUAACAGUUCUCGAACUCCAUCAUCUUCUGACGGUGAUGGGAAUUUUCCAAGAGCAGCUGAUGUAAAUGUCAACCAAUUCCCUGAUGAACUUGGGUUAGUGGACACUUCAAACUCCGCUGCUGCCAAGACUUCAGCACAGAGUGUUGUCAACAAAACUCCAUCCGUGAUCAACAUUACGGAUGCUGCCAAGGCUGAUGUUCAGAAUGGCAAUAGCAGCAAUAGUAAUAACCAGAAUGCAAAUUCUGCUUUUAAGGGUCAGCACUCACAACAAAUUAAUAUUUCUACGCAGCAAUAUGACCAUUCCUCAGGACAUACUAAUAAUUAUCAGAGAGGAGGUGGUGUUUCUCAGAGAAAUAGUUCUGGGGGUGAAUGGUCCCACCGUAGAAUGGGGUACCAAGGAAGAAACCAAUCUCUGGGUGCAGACAAGAGCUUUUCAUCGUCCAAGGUCAAGCAAAUUUAUGUGGCUAAACAGACUAAUAGUGGGGCAUCAACUGUGUCGUGAGGGGCUGCAAAUAUCUGCUGGAUUUCAAAAGGCUCGGAAGGCCUUACUGGCAGAAAUAAAAUUUUUGAUUGGCUUCUCCUUGGGCGUAGGGCAAGUUGAGUGUUGGGUUGAGAUUUUUGCUGGCUACAAAAGAUUCUAUAUGUCGGUCUUCCUGAUUAAGGCUGCGGAAGGGACUGAUAACACUUUUGUUGUAUUCAUCUGGUUACCUGGGAUAUUAUUAUUUAGAAUGCUAGUGCGGCUUGAUGGGCACUAUGUCAUUUUGCAAUGGUGUUUAAAUCAAGCUUGGUUGUUCUUCCUUUUGUUUUCUUUUGGCGGCAUAAAACCUGGCACAUUAUUUAUUGGGGUUUUGUGUAUCGAAAUCAUCAUUGUCCUCGUAUAUUCUUUCCAUUAUUAUAAGGGAAGUAUCAGUUUUGAUAAAUGUUAAUUUGGGUUUCAAGUGCUCUUGAACUCUUUCGUCAGAGCGACGAGACCAAAGUAGAGUUGAUCAUGGGUUGGGUUUCGGUUUUAAUUUUAUUAAUUUUUAAAGGGCUGUAGGGCACACAGCCUUGCAAAUUUAUGUUUGAAGUUUAAGUGUGAAUCUGUGCCUUUGCAAAUUGCUAACCUCGGCC